AUGUCUGCCUACACCCCGCCAGCGCCUUUCGACCCCAAGGAAGAGAAGUGGGGAUCCUACAUGUCUCGGUUCGAGUGCUUCAUGGUGGCAAACGACAUGCAAGGGCUACCGGACGUGCGGAAGAAAGCCCUGUUCCUGAGCCACUGCGGGCCAAGGGUCUUCGACACAGCCGAAGCAUUGUUGGAGCCGAAUUCGGUCCACAACAUUUCCUGGUCGACGCUACAGACCCUGUUGAAAGACCACUAUGCACCAACGCCAUCGAAGUACAUCCAACGCUAUGAUUUCCGGCAACGGCUACAGCAGGAGGGCGAAUCGAUCAGUGAAUACAUCGCUGCCCUGCGUAAGGCCGCAACCCAAUGUGAGUACCGAGACCUGGAUGAGAUGCUCCUAGAGCAACUAAUUUGCGGAGUGAGGGAUAGCCGACUCCAGAGAAGGCUGCUUGCGAGGUCAAACCUGACCCUACUCAUCGCGCUAGACGAGGCCAGGGCGCAAGAGUUGUCAACAAAGGCUGCAGAGAGACUAAAGAGCUCCCAUUUAACCAGAACAACGCAAAAGAUGGCACCAGUGCACCGAGAGGCCACGAGCACCGCGAGCGAAGGGGAGUCUGAAGAAGAGGUCUACCGCACCGAGCAGUCCCGCACAGCCCGCAGGGAGCCCAGAGACGGAUGCGCCAGCUGCGGAGGGCCCCACUCACGACAAAACUGUAAGUUCAGGGACGCCAUUUGCCGUUCCUGUGAAAAAAGGGGCCACAUUGCUUGGGUCUGCAGAUCCAAGGCACACCAGAGCUACAAACCACGUGGCCAACCCUUCCAAUCAGAGCUGGCACCACACCGAAGGCCCAACAGAGAUGGCGGAAACAGGAAGGGCGCGAAAUUUGAAGACGCUGGGGCCUACACCAUAUGCAUCGAACAGACCUGCACCUCGCCCGGAGAAAAGGCCUACACCACGGUCGAGAUCGAGGGACGGGAGUGCCAGAUGGAGAUCGACACGGGAUCACCGAUAUCCAUCAUGUCUUGGGAAAACCUAAAGAAAGUCAUCCCCAGCGCACGCAAGCGACAGCUCCAGCCACAGCAAUGCAGACUGAAGGACUACCAGGGGAACCGCAUACCCGUCGAAGGAAAAGGCGAGUUCCAAGUAAAGUACGGGGAGUUUACCGAGAAACUGCCCCUCACCAUAGUCAGCGACAACCUCCCAAGCCUCCUGGGCAUGGACUGGUUUAGAGCCCUAGGCAUGGGAUUCACCGGAGUGAGAAACGUUAGAAGCACCCUGAAGGAAGACCUGAUGCAGGAGUUCCAGGACGUGUUCGACGAAAGGCUGGGCAAGUAUGUGGGGACCCCGAUUUCGUUUAACCUCAACCCCAAUAUUGCACCCAUCCGCUUAAAGCCUAGGCGGGUACCGUUCGCCCUGAAGCCCAAAAUUGACAUUGAACUGGACAAAUUAAUCAAACAAGGGGUGCUCGUUCCAGUCGACCACGCCAAAUGGGAGACCCCAAUUGUUACGCCGGUAAAGCCGGACGGAUCAGUGUGCAUAUGCGCUGAUUAUAAAUGCACAAUUAAUAAGGCCCUGCAGCAGAGCGCCUAUCCAGUGCCCAUCGUUCACCAUUUGUUGCAUUCCCUGGGCCCCAGCAAGAUCUUCGCAAAACUUGAUCUUGCGCAGGCGUACCAGCAACUGCCGGUAGAUGGCGCUACCACAGAGGCACAGACUAUCGUAACCCACAGAGGGGCCUUUAAGUGCACCCGCUUGCAAUUCGGAGUAAGCGUAGCCCCCGGACUUUUCCAGAGUACCAUGGAGCGGCUACUACAAGGGAUCCCCGGGGUGGUGCCCUAUUUUGAUGACAUGCUCAUUACCGCCGAUAAUGUGCAGCAAUUAAGAGAAAGACUGAGGGGAGUCCUAAGGAAAUUCAGGGACGCAGGACUCAGAGUAAAACGAAAUAAAUGCAUGAUCGCAGUCCCCUCAGUUGAAUUCCUAGGGUACAGGGUAGAUGGCACCGGCAUACACCCCACAGAAAGCAAGAUCAGGGCAAUCAGAGAAGCACCCAUCCCCAAAGACAAGGCAGAGUUACAGGCCUUCCUGGGACUAUUAAACUUUUACGCCAUCUUCCUUAAAGACAAGGCAACAGUGGCAGAACCCCUACAUAGACUGUUAACCAAGAAAGCCAUUUGGAAAUGGGGGAAGGCUGAAGACAGGGCAUUUGCCGGCAUCAAAAAACUGUUAUCAGCUGAAAGCUUCUUAAUACAAUACAAUGCAACGCUUCCCCUUGUUCUAGCAUGUGACGCGUCCCCGUUCGGGGUGGGAGCCGUCCUGAGCCACAGACUCCCGAAUGGCCUAGAAGCGCCCAUUGCAUACUACUCCCGGACUCUAUCAAGCGCCGAGCGAAAUUAUAGCCAGCUCGACAAGGAGGCCCUCGCCGCCGUUUCGGGAGUAAAGAAAUUCCACGAGUACUUGUUCGGGAGGGACUUUGAACUAAUCACCGACCAUCGACCGCUCCUGGGGGUGGACAUGGGCAACGCGGACGCUCUCAGCCGAUGCCCACUACCUGACUGCCUAGAAGACCCCACACCCGGCAUCCCCAUCCUGCUGAUAGACGUUUUGGACUCUGGGCCCAUAACAUCAGCCGAGGUUGCGAGAGCCUCAACCAAAGACCACGUGAUCCGGACAGUCGCAAGUUGGGUCAUGAGGGGGUGGCCGGAAAAGAUUGGGAGCGGGGAAUUUAAACCGUUCGCGGGAAAACGGGACGAACUGACAAUGCAAGGGGGGUGCUUGCUAUGGGGCAAUCGGGUUGUUAUUCCUUUACGUUUACGGGAAAAAGUUUUAACAUUGUUGCAUGAGGGGCACCCUGGGAUUGUAAGAAUGAAGGGACUAGCCAGGAGCUACGUCUGGUGGCCCAGCAUGGAUACAGACAUUACCGAGUGGGUGGGGAGAUGCCAGCCCUGCCAAGAGUCCAGAUCAGAUCCACCAACGGCACCCGUGAGGGAGUGGGAAAGGCCCCAGGGACCCUGGUCCAGGAUACACAUUGACUUUGCAGGCCCAUUUCACGGGCAGACCUUCAUGGUCGUUGUAGACGCAUUCUCCAAGUGGGUGGAGAUCAAGCUAAUGAAGGCCACUACCACCGACACAACCAUCAGGGAGCUAAGACAGUUAUUCGCCACCCAUGGGUUACCGGACAUCCUAGUGUCAGAUAACGGGCCACAAUUCACCGCGACACAAUUCGAGGGCUACUUAGCAGGACUAGGGAUCAGACAUGUCCUUUCAGCCCCGUUUCAUCCGGCUAGUAACGGACAGGCGGAGAGAUUUGUAAGGUCAGCAAAGGAGGCCCUUUCACGUUUAAGCCCUGGAGACUGGCAGGAAAGGAUAGACAAGUUUCUAAUGGCACAGCACUCCACACCCUGUACAGCCACAGGCCGAAGCCCAGCAGAACUAUUAAUGGGACGGAAACUCCGAGGAAUAUUAGAUAGGCUCAACCCCAAUUACUCUCCAGAGGUUUUCAAGGGGGGGGAGAGGAAGCUUAGAGAAUUCACCAUAGGAACACCGGUUCACGCUAGAAACUAUGGACAGGGCCCACUCUGGGAAGCCGGGACAAUCACAGAAAUCACGGGGCCCAAAUCGUACAGGAUAGAUAUGGGGGACGGGAGAGUGUGGCGCAGACACAUUGACCAACUAAGAAAACGGGUAACCACAGACACCGACGACAAGUUAGACGACCCCACCUCUGACCAUGACUACCAGCCAGAAGCACAAAACACAAGCCCGAGUAGAGCGGAGGACUUAGCUGAGGAUUCUGUCAAUCCCUAUAACAAGAUGAGAGCAAAAGCACUCAGUUCAGGUAGCAACAACAUCAACAAUCAACAAAAGGGUUAA